AGAAAUUCACUUGCGGUUUUCCCAGCUCCUCUUAUCGACCGGGGACAAGUCUUCGCCGGGUCAUUUGAGGUUUCACCGCUGACGCAGACAGUCGCCUAAGUGUUUGGACAGAAUGGCUGCACUGCAACAUUUGAAGCACUGCUACUCCACAUGCAUUGGUACGUCUCGUCUCCACACAAGCAGCCAUGCCUGUGCCAAUAAGGAGCAUUUCAAAAUGCUUGUGCUUGGAGGAGGGAGUGGGGGAAUAGCAAUGAGUGCACGGAUGAAGAGGAAGAUAGGAGCUGAGAAUGUGGCCGUGGUGGAGCCUAGUGAGACUCACUACUAUCAGCCCAUGUGGACGCUGGUAGGAGCUGGUGCAAAAAGUUUGGCCUCAUCUGGUCGUCCCACUGCAAGUGUCAUGCCAUCUGGAGUGAAGUGGGUGAAAUCCAGGGUUCAGGAAAUAAACCCAGACACUAACACUGUCCGCACAGACAAUGGUAUUGAAAUCUCCUAUGAGUAUUUGAUUGUGGCUUUGGGUUUACAACUCCAUUAUGAAAAGAUAAAAGGCCUGCCGGAGGGAUUUGAACAUCCAAAGAUCGGAUCAAAUUACUCCGUUGAAACUGUUGAGAAAACAUGGAAGGCACUGCAGAACUUCAAAGAGGGCAACGCUGUGUUCUCCUUCCCAAAUACUCCUGUGAAAUGUGCAGGAGCACCACAGAAAAUAAUGUACCUAACAGAUGCUUUUCUCAGGAAGACAGGAAAAAGGACCAAGGCCAACAUAAUAUAUAAUACGUCGCUCCCUGUAAUCUUUGGGGUUAAGAAAUAUGCUGAUUCAUUGUGGGAAAUUGUUCAGAGACGAGACAUUCAAGUGAACCUCAGGCAGAACCUCAUAGAAGUGCGGGCAGACAAGCAAGAAGCUGUGUUUGAAAAUCUGGACAAUCCAGACGAAACCAGAGUGUUUGAGUAUGACUUGCUUCAUGUCACGCCACCAAUGGGGCCGAAUUCAGUGAUUAAAGGCAGCUCAUUGGCUGAUGAGGCCGGCUGGUUGGAUGUCAACAAAGAGACCCUCCAACAUGUGAAGUAUCCUAAUGUGUUUGGGAUUGGAGACUGUACCAACGUGCCCACAUCUAAAACGGCUGCCGCUGUGGCUGCACAGUCUGCUAUUCUAAACAGAACAAUUACCAAAGUACUGAAAAAUGAGAAACCUGAUAAAAAGUAUGAUGGCUACACCUCUUGUCCUUUGGUAACAAGCUACAACACAGUCGUGUUGGCGGAGUUUGAUUUUAAUGGGCAGCCACUGGAGACAUUCCCCAUUGACCAAAGCAAGGAGAGAAGAAUCAUGUACCACAUGAAAGCUGACCUGAUGCCUCACAUUUACUGGCAUGGGCUUCUCAAGGGCCUGUGGGGCGGACCAGGACCGUACCGGAAAAUCAUGCAUCUUGGAAUGAAAUAAAAACUCAUGAUUAGUUUCCACAUAAAAUUACACAUCAUGUCCAAAACUUUUAGGGGUAAUAAAAAUAUCAUUCAAUAUCUCUAAAGCAGGGUAUCUGCAGGUCCUGAAAAAGUCUUAAAUUCAAUUGAUAUAUAUUAGGCUUUAAAAAUCAUUAGUCUUAAAUGUUAAUUUUAUGAGACCUUAAAUUCCACAUAAAUAUUUUAUCAAAUUUGACUUGUCCAGCUUUUAAUAUUUGACUAGAAUUAAUCAAGCUCUACUGCACCAAAGUCAACAUUUCUGAUGUUACAAAACUCUAAACCUGGCUCUGAACCCGAUACUUUCUAUAAACUUACUCUCAUACACAACAUUUACGUGCACACAGGAAACCAGAUUAUUCACUUAAGCGUCUGUAUCCUUGGCCUUUCCUGAGUUCUGUGGAAAAACGUCCUGGUCCGAUUUAUUCCAGCAGCUGCUGCUAUCUAAGCUAAAGGAGUCUGCCAGGAUCAUGUAGUCAAUAACUGGCUGUAUUCUGACCUACAGCUGAUGUCAGCACACGAACAAAUAUACAGUACUCACCUUUACACGAAGCUGCAAUGCUUGUUUAAAUAACAGAAAUCAGUCUUAAAUUGUGUUAAAACUAAUCUUGAAAAGGCCUUGAAAAACCACUGAAUUUUACUCUGAUACCUGGAGACACCCUGUGAAGGAUGGAGAAUUCAGUUUUUGUAAAAAAAAAAUUCUCAGGCUUAUAUUAAUGAAAUGAAUGAAUAAAAACACUCAUUGUCCUUAGAGGAAUUUGCUUCAUGCAUUGAACAUACAAGAAUGUAAAAAACAUCAACAACAAUAUGAUAGCACUAUAUAUAAUGUAAAGCACAGACAUUGUAAAACAUCAUAAAAAAAAGAAGAAUUAAUGGAAAUUGAUGAAAUACAUCUUCACCCUGAAGGUCAAUAUUUAGGUUGAAGCUACAGUUUGGACACCUUCUCAUUCAAUUAUUUUUCUUUAUUUUUAUUAUUAAAACAUGUUAUGGUUUGUUUAACAGUUUUUUGUUUUCUACA